AAUAAGCCUGCAUCUGGACACUAUACUGAGAACAAGAAUCACGUCCGGAAUCUUGGAUUUGAUAGCGCUCCAGCUCGGGAGGGAAGACGGGUCGGGGGGGCAAAACAGGUGCAGGCAUUCCUAUGAGGACCAUGACUCGUCUGGGCGCGGAUUUCUUUAUGGGAACAGUGUCAGGAUCGGUUACUUUGUCGGUGCUCAUCUCCAUUUGGGCUGCUGCGAGCGAGGCAGGAGGGAAGGUCUGCUCAGGGUGUUCGAUAUCCUGUUUGGGUAGCAAGUUCGAAGCCGAGUUGGUGCGGUUGGUGGGGUCGCAUGUUGUAUUGUCCAUGUCUUGUCGCAGUAAAGUCACCUGGAGAAAGAGAUUAGAAGGCUUUGCUACUAGCAAAAUGCUAUGGAAGAGAGGAUAAGCGGAGACGACGAAGGAUGAGUGAGGCGAGAGAGUGGUGAUAACAAGGGAAUGAAAGUGGAUCGGAGAAAGUAGAGGAAGUGAG